GCUGGCUUGUCUCCAGUAUGUGUGGCUCCUGGAGUGUUAGGCUCUGCCAGGGCAGCCAAAGUUCAGAAGCAGGAGCUGCUGAGGAGCGGUUCCUAGUUUUGGUGCCACCAGCCGGGCCAGUCCCUCUUAAAAUGGGGCUCUUGGGACUUCUGCCAAUCCUGGUGCCAUUCAUCCUCCUGGGGGGUGUCCAGGAACCUGGACUGGUUGAGGGAUUCUUUCAAAGGAUAUGUCCCAGAAUCAGAGUAAAAUGUGAAAUUGAAGAAAUGAACCAAUGUGCGAAGAGCAGAGAUUGCCCAGAGAAGAUGAAGUGUUGCAGAUUUAACUGUGGAAAGAAAUGUGUAGACGUCAGCCAAGGUAACUCAAAAAUCCCCUGA